GGACGAGGAAAAAGAAGGAAUGGAAGAUAUUUAUUCGGAAAUCACGUUAGGUGUCCCUGUUUGCAAUAAGAAAAAAAAAGAAUUUGCAGAAAAUUUAAAAUCGAAAUAUUAUGGAAUGAUCGAUAAAAUUCCAUCGACGUUGACCGUGAACUUGGAAAUAUUACCCAAGAGAUAUUAUGAUAAACCUCCAAGAAAGCCUAUCGUAGCCACCGAAGCCACUGUACGAGGUGCUCCUUUCCAUUUCAAUAAUUUCUUUAUCAGUUGUUUGAGCGGAACAGUUGCAUUAAUAGAAAUUCCAACGUUCAAAUGCCGAUUUAUUUUUCGGCAUACAAAAGUUGCGAUCUUAAGCUUGGACGCACAUCCUCGAUGAUUUUCGUCCACUGAUGGACGAGCAAGUAAAAAGUGGACACAUAAUUUACAUCACGUGUCCAUUCAGCCACGAGACACUGAUUGGCGUUACAGCGCUAAAAUAUUCCCAAAUAGGUGACAUGCUCGCGUGUGGUCUUGAAAAUGGAUCGCUUUGGAUAUUGCAUCCAAUCACUUUGGAACCCAUUGAUAAAAAUCCUUACAAACAUUCCAUGCAGUCAAUUCAUAAAUUGGCUUUCUCAGACUGUGGAGAAUAUCUGGCUUAUGCAGAUAACACAUUGGCGGUAGCAGUAUUUAAGAAGAAUCAUAAGAGAAGCAAAGACGAUGAUAAUGUGUGGAACUUUAUUGGAAAAUAUCGUUCGCACAAUGCAGAAAUAAAAAACGUACUUUUCGGUCCAGCCACUAUAGAAAGUGUUGUAUAUCGAUUAUUUUCAAUAGCAGAAGACAAAACUUUAAUUGAAUACAAUCUUAAAAAUAGCGGUCCAUAUCCUGAUCCAGGCUUAAAAAUACUUGAUGUUUAUAAAAUCGAAAAUGAUGCUAUACCUUUAUGCCUCGAAUGGUAUCCACAAUUUGGCAUUGAAGGAUUUCUGGUGUAUUCCACCUCCGAGUAUAAAUUUAGAUUGCUAAACGAUAUGACGAAAUUGACUCGAGGAACGUUUUUGGGACCCCUUUAUAGUUCACCAGUUAAACAGAUCAAGGUACUGUCUAGUAAAGACCUCAAAGCUCUUAGAUACAUGGUAUUUGCAACUGAUAAAGAAAUAGGUCUUCAGAUACUUCCCUUUGAUGGAAAUCCUUACAAGACUCUAGGAAUGAUUGGACAUCCGCAUAAGAUCACACAUAUAUGCGUUAAUAAUAAUGGAAACCUUUUGUUCACUUCUGGUUACAAUGAUCCGUCUAUAUUAAUAUGGAAAAUAAAAUACAAGUCUGUUGAUGUGUUAUCACAUCUAGGAGGCAAAGGUCUCUCGCCAUAUUACUGUUUGAUAGAAGGUGGUAAAAAUGGUUGGCUUAUCAAAGAGAUACAAGACCUGUUUUAUUACUCUCAAAUUUUGCAUCAAGGGGAGAAUAUAACGAGCACCAGGAUAAUAUCCGACAAGGUGAACAUCACCGAAUUACCAAACCUUAUGCGCUCUAUUGGAUAUUAUCCAAGUAACGAGGAGAUAGAACUUUUUAUGGGGGAGGUCGCGUAUAGAGAUUACGCGGAGACCGGCAAUUUAGUGGACAAUAUUAAUUUUGAAGAUUUCGUGAAACUUUAUAUAAAUCAUCGUCCAUGCUUUGGGAUUUCUAAUCAUAAUAUAUUAGAAGCUUUCAAAAUAUUUUCAAAUCAAUUGGAUGAAGAGGAUCCAUUCUUAACUCGUGAAGAAUUCAUGAGGUUGUUGCUUGGUCACAUUCCUCAUACGGUUAUAAAAAAGGACGAGAUGCCUUUUGGAGAACCAUUAACAGUUCAAGAAGCAUUUACAUAUAUGAAGUUUCUUAUUGGAUUUGAAGGAACUUUUGAUGCGAUAAAUGACAAAUCAUUAAUGUCCAUUGAUUUUACGUUCUUGCCAGAGACGAUAUCUUACAAAUAUUUCAUCACGGACAUCUUGGGUAUUGAAUUUCCGGAGGAAACGAGGGCUGACGAUGAUUAAUUAAUCUGUAUUUUGCAUUGCUGGCACAUUAACAUUAAUUAUCAUUACCAUACUAAUAUUAUUACCAUUAUAAUGUAACGCGAGUUCUAUUAAACAUGUACGAACACCAACGUAUUUAUCCAUGUUUUUUAAAAUGUUGAAUAAGAAAAAAAAAAAAAAAAAAAAAAAAAAAUAACAAACCAACAAUUUUCCAGCGACAAAAUUAGCUCGACUUUAAUUAAAUUUUGUCCAACGAUUCAUUCCCCUUGUAUUCUUGCUUCAAAGAUUCAAUUUACGACUAAUUUGAGUGAGUUUCAGCCAAUUUCGUGUGUCGAAUAAAAUAAUUUUGAUAUAAUUAAUUAAUAAAUAUGAUAGCUCGAUAGUCGAAACAGACAAGUUAUCAAAAUUUCUCGAUCGAUAAAUCUAAAUCAUUAAAAGUGAAAUUUUUUUUUCGCUCGUAUUCCAUUGCACACUUAUAUUUCAUCGGCAUCUCGAUAAAUUAAAAUAUUAUAUCGAAAUUGAAAAAAAAAAAGGAUUAGCGCUCGAUACAUAUACCGU